UAGGAACUCCAAAACUGAACCAAACCCAAUACAGUUCAAAUUAAGGCUUUUUUCAUCUCCUUACAUAUUUGUAUUCACCAAAACCAAGAAAAUGGGCUCUGAUAAUUCUCUUAACAAUCUUCCAGAAAUAGAUUUAUCAGGCCUAGAAAGAGGAACACUAGAGUGGGAUUAUGCAAAAUCCAAACUCUGGAAAGCUGUGGAACACUAUGGUUGCUUCAGGGUUGUGUUCAGGAAAAUUCCAAAGGAACUUCCAGAUGCAAUUCUUAGUGAGCUGAGAGAGCUUUUUGACCUGCCUUUAGAAACUAAAUUGCUCAACAAUGACAUUUCUGAACUAGCUUAUGGUGGGUAUGUAGGAAUAUCGCCUUUUGGACCAUUAUAUGAAAGCAUCGGAUUUGAUGACCCUUUUAAGAUGGAGAAGAUUGAGAAGUUAAUCAGUACACUUUUGCCUCCCGGAAAGCCUGAUUUUUGCAAAAAUGUACAUAAUUUCUCGAAGCAAAUGUCGGAAUUGGAGAUAAUCAUAAUAACAAUGAUUGUGGAGAGCUUAGGCAUAGAGAAGUACUUGGAUGAGCACUUGAAUUCAGUAUUUUAUUCUUUUAGAGUACAGAAAUAUGGUGUACCUAAAACAGGUCAGACUGAAAUUGGGCUAAACAGUCACAAGGAUCAGGAUGUCAUGACCAUAUUGUAUCAAACUCAGGUUGACGCAUUGGAGGUCGAAACCAAAGAUGGUCAAUGGGUUGAUGCCAAACUUUCACCAGAUAAUUUUGUUGUCGUCAUUGGUGAAUCUCUCCAUGCAUGGACAAAUGGUCGAGCAUAUUCUCCAAAUCAUCGAGUUACAAUGAAAGCAAAUACAGUAAGGUACACAACUGGAUUGUUCACAGCGUUUAAACAAGGCUACUUAGUGAAGGCUCCUGAAGAACUAGUAGAUGAAGAACACCCUUUGCUGUAUAAGCCUUUUGAUCAUUAUGAAUACCUUAAAUUAAUCCAGAGAGAUGCAAUGGAGAAUUAUGGAACUACUCUAAAACCUUAUGUUCCAUUGACAGCUUAUUAUGGUGUUGAUGUUUGAUACUAAGCACUGUAAAACUAGUACCAUGUUUCUGUUUGUGUUUGCUUUCGUGCGUGCGCAUCGUUUGGUUGAUGUUCUUGUCCUCUUGGUUGUAAUUACGUUCUAGUGUCUAAAUCUUUGCUUAUGCCAGGGUGUAACAACUAGGGGAAUUACUAUCUUGAAUUGAAUAAAGACUGACUGUUGUCUGCUAUUGCAACAAUUUUUA